AUGGGGUCUCAGGAUGCUCUUCCAUUGCGCCAACGCAAGGUGGUGAAGCCGCACCAGACGCAGCAGGAGGCGAUUGAUGAGUUUUGGGCAAAGUUUACGACCAAGGCGCCGGGCAAGGCAACUACUGUGAUACCGCAGAAUCCAUACACUGCCCGUGUGGCCAGAAACACCGCCAAAGCGGCAUCAUCCUCCACAACCACGCAGGCAUCCUACGAAACCGCCGCGGCUAUGUGCCGGGCCAAGGUGGAAAAGAUUGUCCAAGAGUGCCGCCGAGUCAACAAGAAGUACCGGGAUCCGCACUUUGACCUCGAGGCCGACCUGAAGCUGGGGCGUCGCGACUGCCUGGAGUCCCUCUCCAACUUUGAUCCUCACGAGAACCCCGGCAAGGACUUUAAGCCGGGGAGUGCGAAGCGUGUCGUGGAAAUAUUCGACAAGCCGCAGUUCUACAUUGACGGCCCGACGGCUAAUGACGUGAGGCAGGGCCGAGAUGGGGAUUGCUGGCUCAUGUCGGCGUUGUGCACGCUGAGCAACAAGAAGGGGCUGAUUGAGAGGUUGUGCGUGGCGCAUGAUCAGCAGGUUGGCGUCUAUGGUUUCGUCUUUUACAGGGACGGUGAGUGGAUUUCUGAGAUUGUGGACGACUUUCUCUAUCUCACCAAGUCCGACUACGACGAGAAGCACUGGGAACGGAUCCUCUUUGACGAGCUGGAGCGCAUCAACCCGGAAGAAGCCUACCGCAAGGUGUACCAGUCCAACAGCAGUGCUCUGUACUUUGCCCAGUGCCAGCAUCCUCAGGAGACUUGGCUUCCGCUGCUGGAAAAGUGCUAUGCAAAAGCACACGGGGACUACGCUGCCAUUGAGGGCGGAUACGGAGGCGAGGGCAUUGAGGACCUCACCGGCGGCGUCACUUCUGAAGUUUUCACAACCGAUAUCCUCGACAAGGAAUACUUUUGGAAAGGAGAGCUGCUCAAAGUCAACCAAGACUUCCUCUUCGGCUGCAGUACCGGCGUGUGGGGGAGCAACGUGAACUGGGGCGAACGCAAGGGCAUUCUCGAGCUUCACUCCUACUCCAUCCAGAGAGCGGUCGAGAUUGACGGCAAGCGACUCCUCCGACUCAAGAAUCCAUGGGGCAAGGGAGAAUGGAAAGGACCUUGGAGCGACGGCUCCAAGGAGUGGACUCCCGAAUGGCUCGAGAAGCUGGGUCACCGCUUUGGCGACGACGGAGAUUUUUGGAUCGCAUACGAAGACCUGCUACUGAAAUACCAAGCCUUUGAGAGGACUCGGCUUUUUGACGACUCGUGGCAGGUAUCUCAAAUUUGGACUACUGUCAACGUUCCGUGGAUGCUAGACUACCACGACACUCAUUUUUCUCUGCGUAUCGAAAAGGCUGGUCCGGUGGUGCUCGUGUUACAGCAGCUCGACGACCGAUACUUUCGUGGUUUAUCGGGGCAAUAUCUGUUUGAGCUGGCGUUUCGCAUCCACAGACGCGGCCACGAGGACUACCUUGUACGCAGCCAGGCACCGUACCGCAUGAGGCGCUCUGUCAAUGUCGAACUUGACCUGGAAGCAGGCGAAUAUGAUAUUCGCAUCAAGAUUGACGCAACGCGACUUGACAGGUUGCUGCCUCUUCAAACGGUGAUUCGAAACUCUGCCAAGAAGCGACGAGAGAAGCUGACCCGCAUUGGCCUCGCAUACGACCUCGCACACAGCAAAGGCAAAGUGGUGGAAUCUGCAGAGGAAAAGGCUGCCAGGGAAGCCCACGAGAAGCGGAUCAAAGACAGAGAGCUUAGUGAGAUCAAGGAGAGGAUCCUUGACCGCCGAAGAGACGAUCACCAUCUCCACAGGAAGCAGUACUCUAGGCUACAGAAACGGGAAAGGAAGCGAAGGGAAAAGCAAAAGGCAAAGGACGCCGCGAGAAAACACAAGAGCAAGAAAGGCGACGACGAAGUUGACAAGCCCGACGAAUCCCCCGACAAGGCAGAGUCACUCCCGGCGAGCGGCAACGGCGAUGGUCUGCCUGAUGAAGCCGAUGAGAAUCAUGAAUCCUCGCCUUCGCUUAAUGGGGCGGGCGUAUCAAGAGCGAAGAGCAGAGCUCCAAGGUCUAUUGCUCCGGCUGAUAGAGUCCUCCAGCCAUCCUCGCGAUUUGGAGGCACAAGCCGCAGGGAACCAGCCUCUUCGUACUAUGAAUCCGAGAGCGAUGGCGAGCUUGCCAGUCUGUCUUCGCUUUCUGAACUUUCCUCCCACGAGCUCGACCUGCAAGUCAAAGCCUUUAGGAACAACCAGCUGAACAAACCGACAGUCGUGACGCCUCCGUCUCUCAAGUUUGAGGAUGAACUCGACGAGUUUGAAAGAGACCCAUGGAAUGCUGUUGUCGUCAUCGGAUUGCGAGUGUACCAUCAGGUUGAUGAAGAAGACAAGAGCAAGGAAGUCAUCAAGCUCAAGGUGGUGCGCCCUAGUCCGUACGCCGACUCGGAAGACGAAGACUCGGACACUACGGAGCAGGCCGCCAGGGAAGAACAGGACUCGAAGAGCAAGGGCCUGGAUGUCGACGACAGUGCCAAGGAUGCAACGCUGCAGGGUGGGGUGAAGGACAGGAAGAAGAGCAUUGUGGGUGGCGGACCAUGA